AUCAAAUAUGGCGGCUGCAGCUCUUCAUGAAGUGAGUCCGGUUGGCCCUCCGCCUGUGGGCUGGAAGCUGAGAUGAGCGGCGUAGCGUGUGUCAGUCACUGUGUGACCUGAUGAAGUAGGCAGUCAGGGUGCAGAGGAAAGGAAAGAGUGGCGCGGGAGUCUGUGUGGAGUAACAUGUUCAGGUUGCUGUAAUAUUAUAUACAGUGUCCAUCACCCUAUCCCAAUUCAGGCUGCCUGACAGCUAUGUACUAUGGAGCCAGCUUGAUUAUUCUGGAAUCAAAGCCCAAUGCAGGUUACAGAAGGCACUGAAUCGGCUAAAGCAAUAAAGCCGAUUGAUCGCAAGUCUGUCCAUCAGAUCUGCUCAGGUCAAGUAGUGUUGAGUCUAUCUACUGCAGUGAAAGAGCUACUGGAGAACAGCAUCGAUGCAGGAGCCACAAGUAUUGAUAUAAAACUGAAGGAGUUUGGGGCAGAACUCAUAGAAGUUUCUGACAAUGGAUGUGGGGUAGAGGAACAUAAUUUUGAAGGCCUAACCCUAAAACAUCAUACAUCCAAGUUGCAAGAUUUCUCAGACCUGAUUAGCGUGGAAACAUUUGGUUUUCGGGGAGAAGCUUUAAGUUCAUUGUGUGCUUUAAGUGAUUUGUCAAUUUUCACCUGCCAUAAAUCAGCUAAAGUGGGUACCAGAUUGGUUUUUGAUCAUAAUGGAAGAAUCAUUCAGAAAUCGCCACUCCCGCGACAGCAGGGAACAACAGUCAGUGUGCAACAGCUCUUCUAUAACCUGCCGGUACGGCACAAAGAGUUCCAGCGGAACAUCAAGAAGGAAUUUACAAAAAUGGUGCAGGUUUUACAGGCGUACUGUGUCAUUUCAACGGGGGUUCGUAUAAACUGCACCAAUCAAGUGGGUCAGGGGAAGAGGACUCCUGUGGUAUGCUCGAGUGGCACUUCAAGCAGCAUGAAGGAGAACAUAGGUGCUGUGUUUGGACAAAAACAGUUGCAGAGUUUGGUUGCGUUCACUCAGGUACCUCCUAGUGAAAGUGUUUGUGAAGAGUAUGGACUAAGCCAUGCAGAUUUGCCAGAUGGUUUCUAUACCAUUGCAGGAUAUAUAUCCCGAUCUGACCAUGGUGUGGGAAGAAGUGCGACAGACAGACAAUUUUACUUCAUCAACCAGCGUCCUUGUGAUCCUGCUAAGGUUUCUAAGGUUGUGAAUGAGGUGUAUCAUUCGUUCAACAGACAUCAGUACCCGUUUGUGGUUCUCAAUAUUUGCGUGAAUUCCGAAUGCGUUGAUAUCAAUGUGACACCAGACAAGAGGCAGAUAUUACUACAGGAAGAGAAGCUGUUAUUGGCGAUACUAAAGACCUCCCUUACUGCCGUGUACAGCACCGGUGUAAACAAGUUACAUGUAAAUCAGGUGCUGGCUGAUGUCACAGGUAAUAUCAGAAAAGUAAGUGCAGAAGCAUCAGAUGGUCCUAACCUAGAACAACCACAUGUAUUGGAGAGAGGGGCACUUUCUGUAUCUAGACUGCGAGAGGCCUACUCCAUCAGCCAGAGGACUGCAGGCAGCUCACCAUACACACAGGCUGAUAAAACGCAGAGCUCUUCCCCCAAUCAAAGGAACCUCCAGUCAUAUUUUAACCUUUCACCAAAGGUUCAACACUCUAGCUCUAAAACUGUGUUAAAUAUAAGUGGUAAAGCGGAAGAGCCUGGAACACCUGGCUCUUGUGGUGAAGAUAUUCAUGUGGAACAUGACUGUGAUUCUGGAAAGGGCACCAUUACCACCUCGGACGUUACUGCCUCUGACUGUUUCGGCACCCCAGACUUCUCCAGCCGAAUCAGUAGUGAAAGUGUCACAAGCUCUCCAGAGACAUUGGUGAAAACUGACGAGGUGGAAUCCUUUACAGCUUUUGGUCCUCUUUGCUUAGAAACGGAGGUCGAAUAUGAACAUCCUGACAUAAAAAAAAUAUUAGGCAGUGAUCCUGCUCCACGUUGUAAGCGUUUUAAAACACAAGAGGAGCAGCUGACAGACGGACAGUUACAGCCUGAUACGGUGGAUACACCUGUCAACAUUAUUAAGAAAACUGUGCCAUUAAACUUCUCGAUGUGUCGCCUGUCUAAACAGAUGGAAAAAUUAAAGCAGCAAAGGCAGAAAAAGGAGGAAUUGGAAAAGUUCCGCAGAUUCCGUGCAAAGAUCAGUCCGGGGGAAAAUCAAGCAGCGGAAGCUGAACUUAGGAAAGAGAUCAGUAAGGAGAUGUUUGCAGAAAUGGAAAUUAUUGGCCAAUUUAAUCUGGGUUUCAUAAUAACCAAGCUGGAUUCUGACCUCUUCAUUAUUGACCAACAUGCAACUGAUGAGAAGUAUAACUUUGAGAUGUUACAACAGGACACUGUUCUACAAGGACAGAGGCUCAUCAUACCUCAGAAAUUGAAUCUAACUGCUGUCAAUGAGAUUGUUCUGAUGGACAACCUAGAAAUAUUCAAGAAAAACGGCUUUGAUUUUACCAUUGAUGAAAACGCUCCCAUCAUGGAAAGAGUUAAGUUAGUCUCUUUACCAACAAGCAAGAAUUGGACCUUUGGCCAGCAAGACAUUGAGGAACUAAUCUUUAUGCUCAGUGACUCCCCUGGAGUUAUGUGCAGGCCCUCCAGAGUUAAGCAGAUGUUUGCCUCAAGAUCUUGCAGGAAAUCUGUGAUGAUUGGAACAGCCUUAAAAACUCAUGAAAUGAAGAAACUGGUGACUCACAUGGGAGAAAUUGAACAGCCGUGGAACUGCCCCCAUGGGCGGCCGACAAUGAGGCACAUCGCCAGUCUGGAUAUGAUCUCUUGAGUCUGACUUUUCAGUGUUAUUUGGAAAGUCUGAAUAUAAUGAGAAUAAUUGCACCUGCUGUUCUCACGCUUUAAAAAAUAAUAAAUCAAAGUUUUAGUAUGGUUUUUAUAGAUUGUUACACUGGCAAUUGACCAGUCCAUUUUUAAAGCUGGAAAUGACAACAAGUAGGCAGUAUUUGUACAGUUUAGUGUUUUUUGUAUGGUAUACAUCCAUAUUUGCAAUGCCAAAAUGCCGGGUACACACUACAACGAUAUCAUCACGAUUUGUCGUUUUCCGGGCAAAUCGGAAAGUCCGAUCAUGCAUAUUGUGCAGUGUGUACCUGCAAUUGCGUGCUCCCGUGGGUCGUUAACGAUAUCUUCUGGUUUAUUGUGCUACACAGUCAAUUAGAAGAUAUAGUUAACGAUGACAUGUUGCUGAAUGCAACAUGGCAUGUUACAUCGUCCCGUCGUACCACUGCAUUAUGGGGGUAAUUCAGAGUUGAUCGCAGCAGCAAAUUUGUUAGCAGUUGGGCAAAACCAUGGGGGUAAUUCCAAGUUGAUCGCAGCAGGAUUUUUGAUAGCAAUUGGGCAAAACCAUGUGCACUGCAGGGGAGGCAGAUAUAACAUGUGCAGAGAGAGUUAGAUUUGGGUGGGUUAUUUUAUUUCUGUGCAGGGUAAAUACUGGCUGCUUUGUUUUUACACUGCAAAUUAGAUUGCAGAUUGAACACACCCCACCCAAAGCUAACUCUCUCUGCACAUGUUAUAUCUGCCUCCCCUGCAGUGCACAUGGUUUUACCCAAUUGCUAAAAAAAAUCCUGCUGCGAUCAACUUGGAAUUACCCCCCAUGUGCACUGCAGGUGUAGCAAAUAUAACAUUUGCAGAGAGUUAGAUUUGGGUGGGUUAUUUUGUUUCUGUGCAAAAUUACUGCUUUAUUUUUACACAGCAAUUUAGAUUUCAGUUCGAACACACCCCACCCAAAUCUAACUCUCUCUGCACAUGUUAUAUCUGUCCCCCCUGCAGUACACAUUGUUUUGCCCAACUGCUAACAAAUUUGCUGCUGCGAUCAACUCUGAAUUAGGCCCUAUGUCGGCCGGUAGCACAUUGUUCUGAUGUGUACCCGGCCUAACUGCUGUUUUAUUUUGUGUCUGCCAAUAUCCUGAAAUAAAAGUUUUUAUAUGAAACAA